AUGGACUACUUCGCAUCCUUUCCCGAUCACAAUUACCUUCCAUUCACUGCAUCUGGCGACCUUCCAUUCGACUUUGCAUCCCACGUGCAACCUUUAUUGGACCCAGUUCUACCCUCACCACCAGCAGCGCAGCCGGCGCUUCAUGCAGUUUCGGUGGUGGACGUGCAGUUGUCUCACGAGGACAUGGUUUAUUAUGUGCAAAAUGAAGACUUGGUGGACGACUCGAUCAGCUAUCUGAAGCUAGUCAUCACCGACGAUGAUCAGCGCGCGACUAACUCCAACCCUCCUCAAUUGCAUUUGCAUACUGGUCAAGGGCAGGACUCUAAAGGCACGAUUGAAUCUAUUAUUUUACGGCACGUGAACCUUGUAUGGAUCCCAGGAACGUUUCACCCGCUUCGUGUGCUUGAGCUGAGCAAUCGAAACCGAGACAAUGCUGGUCUUCCUUCGAUGUAUGACCUCAGGCAGAUCUUGGCCUUCUCUCCGAAUCUGGAACACCUCUCACUAUGCAAUGCUGGACCUAUGCGUAACGAGGACAGUCCAUCGGCCAUCCUUCCUCCAGGGCCGUGCAAUUUUCCCGCAAGCCUCCGUAGUAUUUAUCUCGAACGCGAACCGAUCGAUAUCGCCUAUAUUCUUUCGAAUCUCAUUCUUCCUGAAACAACCAAUAUCAUUUGCAAAACUACGUUCGACACCAGCUUUCAUGACGAUGAGAUCAGGGAAUGUCUACCUGAUGAUCUCACUGGACUGGGAAUCGUAGCUCAUAUGAAGACAGUCGUGUUCUCCUGGGGUCCGAAUGUCAACGGUUCACUCAUUGAAGCUUUCAUUCAUGAUGACGUGAGCCCCCUAAAUAUCUCUGUUGCAAGGACACACCCGCAUCUUUCCAUUCGCUACGAAUAUGAGGAUCUGGAGGAUAUGUGGGACAUCGUCAAUAGUUUCGCGGCACGUACCAUCGAUGCUCUUCCUUCGACCUUUCUCCGGGAGAUCACCAACCUCCACAUUCGAUGUGAUCUGUUAUCCGUUGAAGAGACGCAUUGGAUCUCGGCUCUUGAAGACCUCCAUUGUAUCACGCACCUUACCUUUACAAACUACAAAGACACCCGCAGAGCAAUUCAGCCCGAUACCGGGGCCUUCCUUAUGACUCUCGCUUUGCGCGCUUUCGACGCUAAAGAGCCAAAAGUCCUGUGCCCGCAAUUACAACAUUUCACGUUGUUCGGACUGGUUGCCGACACAGGGAUAUAG